CGUAUACCGCAUUAGCUUAGUUAGAGUUUUCAAUCGUAAGAGAGAGUUGUAAUAAUGUAUCGCCUAACCAGUCUCCUGUUUCUCAUCUCCAUCUCCAACGGACUUCAACUUCAGGGACCUUGUGAUUCGACGAACAUUACUCAUAUUUUAGCUGUUGAUGUAAAAGAGGUGGUGGGAAAAUGGUACGAAAUUGAAAGGAUUCCGAACAAUUAUCAAAAGGGUGAUUGUCCCUCAUGGACAAUAACCGGUACCAUCCAAAAUGAUGCAACUAGUCCUAUAGACAUAUCAAUUCAAGAGGUCGUGGAUGGAAAAGUUGUUACGCGUGACGGAAAUAUCACCACAGCGGGUAACGGGAUUUUUCAAGCUACAUUUUCGGACGGCAUAUUACCUUUUGUAAUACUGAAAACUAAUUACAAGGAGUACGCAAUAUUAUACAGUUGCACUAAUCAAAACGCAAACAGUGAAGUUUUAGCUUGGAAACUAAGUCGAACCCAGGUAACAUCAAAUACAACGAAAACGGCUUUUGAAGAAUAUACAGACUUAUCUAAAGGAGGUAAUUGGACACUGUUAUCACAUACCGCGUCAGCCUGCAAAGCUGGUAACAACGCAAUCAACAUACAUAUUAGCCCAGUUAUAUUAUUAAUAGCCGGCUUUCUUAUAACUAAGGAGUUAUUUUAACUAUCGUGCUAUACGUAUCGUCGUUCGUUAUAUAAUAAUUAAUUAAAUGCGAGCUUUGGGAUUAUUAUUUUAUACGACAUGUUAAAAUAGAGUUGUUUAAAUAUAUUACCAGGUUUACCACCAAAGGAAGCCGCUCACCUCUUGAAGGUUUUGAAAUAUAUAUAUUUAAAAAAUAAAAAGUUAGUCAAAAUCGAUCAUCUUUGUUAAAUAAUAUGAAUUAUCAUUUUAUUUCCUGUAAACCUGACAAGAAUCAAAUAUGCAAUAUUUAUUAUGCUUCACUUAUAUUUUUAUUCUAGAAUAAAACUGUUAUACAAAACUAUAAUAUGGUAUUCUACGUUCGUUUCAUUCAAUUAUAGCGUUUAUAUUUUAUUUGUUAACAAAGGUGGAAUACCUUUGUUUCGUUUCAAAACUAAAAAAAAAAACUAAUUAUAUAUUAUGUAAUGUAAGCACAAGGAAUAAUAUAAGUAAAAUUGACCUCACUUAUUUAUCAUGUCAAAAGUAUUUUUCACAAUAUUGAUAAUAGAUGUCUUUCUGUUCCACAUUUUAAUAAUUGCAUAUUUUAUUUCCGCCUCUGUUGAAAUCGGAUAAUAUAAAGCUAAGCUAAAAAACUUCUCUAACAUUUAUCAAAUUGUAUUUCAUAGAUGAUUUAUAAUCUUUUCUAUUUAUUCUAUUUUUAAAUAUUUUAUAUUAAACAAUUUUGUUUUUUUUUUUUAUUAAAUUAGUGUUCGAUUCGCAUAGAUUACUCGCCGAAAAAAUAAAAUAAAAAAAACCUUCUUUUAUUUAAAAAUGUAACACAAAAAUAUUUAAUUGUAAAUAGUGAUUGUUUUUAAAUAUUUAAAUGACAAAUAAAGUGUGUUUUUAUAUAAAACUCUUUCAAUUGAUGUAUUCCUUAUUUAGUUCGAUGUAUUCACUAAAUUAUACCAAAAACGAGACACUAUGUUUUUUACAUUUUUAUACCAGGUUUUACAACAGUCAAUAAUGUUUCUUAUAUCUACAUAUUUGAAUAUUUGAAACGAUGCCUAACAAGAAGGGUCGAAUUAGCCCAGUAGAGUGAUGUAAAUUUUAAUCGAAAGAUCGCGGCAAGCCUAUGUAAGCACCGCUGAAUUUUCAUGUGCCUAAUUUUUGUUUGUAAUUCAGCUACGAUUCGCUAUUUACUGGACGACUGACGGAGAACGGUCUGGUUGGUGUUAGGUACGCUUUGUACUAUGAAAUUACUCUUGGACAGGAUUAAUAAAUUGUUAUCCUAAUAUAACA